GAACAAGUUGCAGCCGCGUAAGUAACGUCGCGGACCGGGAAGGUGGGAGGGGCCGCCUCACGAACGCAGCCUCCGGGUAAGAACCUCCUGGAGGCGAAAGGAGGUGCCACCCUGCGCUCUCCGGGCGGCCCCGAAAGGCUUGCCCUGGAGACAGCACUCAUCUCCUGGGAAGCAGGCUCUGGGUUCGCUGCCAGAAACGCAAGACCUGGUGGAGAGCCAGAGGGGCGAAGUGGCGGAGGAGCGGAGAGCGCAGCAGGCCCCAGGGGUUCCUCCAGGCUGCAGUUCCGGCGGACGGCCGGGGACCUCUGAGCGCCGCGGGGGACGCCGCCAGGGUAGCGGAGGCGGGGUCGGAGGCUGACCCUCGGACCCCUGCCCCUACACCCGAGGGCCGGCCGGGCCAUGUCCUCAGGCUCGGGCUCCGCAGACCUGCCCCGCACCCUGGGGUCUCGGAAGACCGCCCUGCGAAGCCUCAGCAGCCUCUCGGACCUGGACGGCAGCGCAGCCGCUCAGCGGCGGCCUUGCCGGCCCCCCGGGAUCCCGGGACGCGCGCCGCCGCCGCCGUCCGCACCGUCAGGCUGCGACCCCAGCCUGCGACCCAUCAUCCAGCGGCGGGCGCACUCGCUUCCCAGCUCGCCCGAGCGGCGCCAGAAGGCUGCGGGCGCCCCCGGCGCUGCGUGCCGUCGGGGCUGCAGUCGGCAGCCCCGUGUGCGCUUCGCCGACGCACUGGGCCUGGAGCUGGCCCAAGUCAAGGUGUUCAGCGUGGGCGACGACCCGUCGGUGCCGCUGCACGUGCUGUCGCGGCUCGCCAUCAACUCAGAUCUGUGCUGCAGCAGCCAGGACCUGGAGUUCACGCUGCGGUGCCUGGUGCCCGACUUCCCGCCGCCCAUCGAGGCCGCAGACUUCGGCGAGCGCCUGGGGCGGCAGCUGGUGUGCCUGGAGCGCGUCACCUGCUCGGACCUAGGCGUCAGCGGCACGGUGCGCGUGCGCAAUGUGGCCUUCGAGAAGCAGGUGGCGGUCCGCUACACCUUUUCUGAGUGGCGCAGCUCGCACGAGGCGGUUGCCAGGUGGCGCGGGCCCGCGGGCUCCGAGGGCACGGAGGACGUCUUCGCCUUCGGCUUCCCAGUGCCGCCCUUCCUGCUGGCUCUAGGCUCCCGCGUGCACUUCGCGCUGCGCUACCGUGUGGCCGGCGCCGAGCACUGGGACAACAACAGCGGCCGUGACUACAGCCUCACCUGCCGCAACCACGAGCUGCACAUGCCCCGCGGGGAGUGCGAAGAGAGCUGGAUCCACUUCAUCUGAGCAGCGGGCCCGGGCCCGGCGCUCUGCCCCCUAGCCGCACCUGCGGUGCCUGCCUAGCUGGGCCCUCGGGGAAGAGGCCGCGGCUCUGACCUAUAACCUAUACCCCAUCCCCAAACCUAAGUCUGACCUCAUGUCCUGCUGCACGGUUCCCUGGCGGUGGCCAUCCUGUUGUCUACUCGAAAUAUCUGUGUCGCCUGGUGUAAAAAGUAGCCUCAGGUGGCCAGAGGGCGGUGUGUAACUCGCUGGGGGAGGGGUGCUGGGCUGCGGAUGCCUGGGAGCGACGGGCUCUCUGGGAGGGGCUCUGGCUGGGUUUGGGGGACAGGCCUGCGUGCUCCUGCUAGUAAGGCCUGACGCUUUCGCACGUGUCGUGCCUGGGUCUCCGGGAACAUAGCUAUUAUUUAUUAUCAUUGUGACACUGGGACUUUGACUCCUAACGGAUGCCUUCUCGGGAACAUCCUGGAUUUAAUAAGCUAAAAAAAAAAUCGGUCUUGCGUAUCUGCGCCCCAGCGUGACCCCCUUCGAGGCCCCUGGAGGCUUUCCUGCUCUGGGACGAGGAAAACUUGAGACCACGCAUGCUGCCAGUGUCUGGGGACCUCUCACGGUGGGAAACUAUUAAUAGGCAGGAAAUUUAUGCCUCAUCAGUCAUCACACAACCAUUCCGAGGCCUCCAGCCUGCCCUGGUUAGGCGGUGUGCCCCCUGCGUCGCAGCCGAGGAGGAGGGAGAAGCUUAAGCCUUUACUUCUCUGCAGCGUCUCUUCUCGCUUCCUGUGUCCCUCUGGCGCGGGCUGGAUGACAUGUGUCUGCAUGGCACCGGGCCACUCUGGUUCGGUUUGGAACUGCCUAAACGUGGUGAGGAACUCUGCCUCAAGUGAUUCAAAUUCCCAGGCGACUCUAUGGACUCUCAGGCAACCGUGUCCUUUUCAAUUACCUUUUUAUGAUUCAGAUGACUUCUUGUGUCUCCUUCAGUGUCAGGGGGUCCCAGCCAGCACCUUUCAGCAGUCACGGCACCACGUAGAUGUAGGUGUUUUCAGCAACAGCCGGAGAGCACUAAGGAAAGAGAAAUCACAAGUAUUUAUUCUUUUUAAUGGUUUUAAAUUGCACUCAUACACGCCUGGUUUUCUCGGCUACCUGCCAACUUUAUUUGUGACUUCAGGUCAGGGAGUUUCUAACGUGGUCUGGAUUGCCUUCCCAGCUUUAAAGUGCUAAAUGCUUUUCCUUUGUAAAGAAAAAAUUGCCAACCGAGAAGCCGAGGCCAUUGUCCUCUGCAGAGAGCUACAGCGACUUCGAACCGCUGGCAAAGGGCGGGUGCUUUCCCUGGGGGCCCAGCGGUGGUUUUCUCCGACAGCAGGUGCUGGUGCUGAUGUGGGGAAACCCAGUCCCGGGGGCAAGGCCUGCAGCUGGUGAGGUUCCGCGAUGAUACCGCUGGAGCCAGCGUACAGUUUUGUGACAGCUGUCACCAAUGAGUUAACUCUAAAUUUUCCAACGCUUGUUGACAUUUCUUCAAUCGGUGUGAGAAGGAUGCGUUCUGCCUUUUGACCAAGUUGUUUUUUGCGAUGGCGACUUUUGUGUCUUUGAAAGUCCAAGGAGGAAGCUUUCUGACCUGGAGGGAGUGCCCUCCGAUGUAAGAACUCGGAAUUUUGAUUCCAAGUACCGUGAUGGAGGUGAGCAGCCUUCGGCUGUCAGCUCAGGGCACCGCAUUGACAUGCAAGAGAGAGGCAGGCCUGCUUGCAUUUCCUGUUGUGUGACGAGCUGUCCAAUUAGGUCAGCACGCCUGUGAGAGCCCUGGACACUAUGCCCUUGGCCCCGGCCCAGGGUGCAAAAUAAUUACCCUGAGUAUUCACACGCAGAGCUUAGAGCUGCCAAAGUACUGCUGUAUAAAGGAAGGCACGUAGAGAAUCUUACAAUCCAUGACAAUCUGUGUGAAAGUCACUUACCAGAAAGGUUCUGCUCGCGGGGUAUAAAGUAAACAUUGUAUCAUCAGUAUUAAGAGAACCUCGGGGUGCCUUU